UGGCCGGGGCGGCCCCGCGGCGUGUGGGCCCCGAGGGUCCCGGUCCCGCCAUGGCGGCGCUGCCCGGGCCGCGCAAGCGGAGCGGCCCCGCGCUCUGCGGGGAGAGCAGCGCUGCGGCCGCCCCGCCGGCGCUGCGGAACGGCCUUCCCCCGCACAAACGCCCCAAGAGCGCCGUGACCGGGACCGUGGACCCCUUCGGGGAUAGUGAUGACUUCACGGCGGACGACCUGGAGCAGAUCGAUAUCCUGGCCUCGCAGGCGCUGUCGCAGGAUCUGCCCGCGGGACACGCGUGGGGAGCCCCGGGGCUGGCCCGAGGCGAGCGGCAAGCAGGAAGCAGAACAGAAGAUGGUCUGAUGAGAGAUGCAUUCCAGUUUGAAGUGCUGCAGACACAGCACGAAGAAGUCAAACAGAAGCUGAAAGAAAUUCAGGAUGAAAUUCUCACUAAAAAUGGAGAAAUUAAAAUUCUGCGUGACUCAAUGCAGCAGAUGGAGUAUGCUAUGGAGGAACAGAAAAGAUCAUACCUACUACUGGAACAGCAAAAAUCUCAGAUUUUAAAUGAAAAAGAAAAAGAGUUCUCCAAAAAGUUACAGUCCUUGCAUUCCGAGCUGCAGUUCAAGGAUGCAGAAAUGAAUGAAUUAAGAACACGACUUCAGAACUGUGAAAGAAAUAAACACCUUUCUCAGGCAGUUCCAACAACAAGCCCUAAAAAGAAUCUUGUGGUACAAGGGAAAUCAGAUGGAUGUUCUCCACAGCCAGGAAGAAGAUCUUUUCCUACAAAGGAAUCCUUCAAUGCUGAAAUGUCCACUAGGCCAUCAUGUUCUUCAGGAAAUUUGAUGGCCCUGACUACUUCAAUCAAAGAAGACAGGAAGAUAACCCAUCCUGAAGUUUCAUCCCUGCAGCAGCACAGAGCAACAGGAAAAAACACUUCCUACAACUCAGUCCCCAAACGAAAUACACAAGGUUCUAUCUUGCUGAAUGCACUGAUGAAGCAGCCCAUUAUCCCUGGGACAUUUUUAGGACUCUGCCACCUUCUCAGUAGCAACUCUGAGCCUCUACCUGGAGCUGUGUUGCCACCCAACUCUGUGGAUACGAAGCCCACACAACUCCCCAGCAGCAGGACAACUCAAGAAGGAAUCACUCCUCUUGUAUCCCUGCAAGAAGCUCAAAAACUGGCAAUAACAGGACUGAACUUGAUUGCUCUGGAUGAAGGAUUAUCUGAGGAAAGCCCAGCAGAAGGCCAGGGAGGGCUCCUGCCCCUCACACAGAGCAGGAUCCGAGGUGCUGUGCAUCUCCUGCCCUUGGUGGAGCACCACAUUGGUGCCUUCUGCCGAGCAGAGCAGCUCGGGGACACACCAGGGAAUGGAGCUUGUGGGAGCCAUUCAACUGCUGCUUCCAGAGCCAGCACAAACACAGUGUCAAGCAAGGAGGACUUCAGGGUGUCCCUUGAAGAAACUACUCUUGUAUCACUGGGAAUCCUUUAUUAUUUGGUGUUCUACAGCUGGGAUGUUGUCCACACAUUGCUGACUGCUGAAAUGAAAAAAAGUUCUGCUGCUGAAGAUGAACAAGUUUCCAAGAUGGACAAAAAUGUGUUGUGUGAUAAUCAGUCUGUUAAUAAAGAAGAGAACAGGACACAAGGUGGGCUGCCUGCUCCAGGGGAUCCUCACAGUACUGAUGGAGCUCAACAUUCUUUGUUUAAAAAGCUGCUUCAGAUUCUAGCCUUUUCUGCUGCAAGGGGCUCCCACACUGACAACAUCCUGAGCCAAAGCCUAAAGGUUUUGAUGAAAUUAGCUGAAAAUUCAACUAUGGACUUGUUAAUAAAUUUCCAGCACUUACUGAGUAGCCAGGUACUGCAGCGCUGUCUGUGUCCCGAGACCCCUUUGCCUGCUGUGCUUCUGACUGUGAGACUCCUGUGUGCUCUCGCUCAGCACCACCUCUUGGUUGCUCAACUCUGUUCUCAUUCAGACAGCUGCCUUCUCCUUGCACUCUACAUGUACAUAACAUCAAGACCAGAUAAAUCAGCAUCUGAAAUGCUUUGGCUCCAGCUGGAGCAAGAGACAGUCAGGCUCCUGACACGCUGCAUGUGGUGCUCCAGACCUGCAGUUUUAUUUCCUGGCACAGACUGUCAGUGCAACCUUGAGGUGGUUAAGGCACUAAUUGUAAUGUUGCACAGGCAGUGGGUGAAAAUUAGAAGAUCUGAGACCAGCUUGUGUGCACAUAAGGAACAAGUUAUUCAGUUUUUACGGGAUGCUGUUUUACUCUUGCACAGCCUGUCUCAGAAAGAUAAACUGUUCCAUGAACACUGUUUGGAAGUUCUCCAUCAAUACGACCAAGCCAUGCCAGGCAUAAGAGCCAUUCUCAAAAAGACUCAAAAAUUGAGUGCCUCUGAAGAGCUGAUUUUGGAUGAAUUGUAUCCUCCUGAGCCAGAAGACCAAGGAAUAGACUCCAGCUAGCCAAGAGCAAAGAUCUCUGUCCUUCCUCAUUUUAAUCAUCAUUGCCAAUGCAAAUGUGAACUUUGAAUCAUCCUUUUAAGGGAUAAUCUUGGGUUGCACUCAAACACAGCACAACUAAGACACGUUUCAUUGUUAUAAUUAGUGCUAUCUAAAUGUAUCUGAAAGAGGAAUUCUGAUGAGAGAGUAAUACUGCUGUGCAAACCCACUCAAUGUCUUAUGACUGGUUCUGGUUAUGAAUUCCAUCCUGUAUGAAACCACUGUGAAUGGAAUGGAAAUUUCUCUCUAUUCUCCAUUUUACUCUGACUACAGCUGAAUUUAUGCUGCUGAAUGUGCCAAGGUGUGUGGCAUCACUGCAUUCAUAUGAAAGCCUUUUGAACACA